AUGGUUUCGGCGACGGAACACUCCCAGGAUUACCCAGUGACGAUUGAAGCGCGAGAUGAUGAGCCACUAUUGGGUCACCCAGGAGAUAUACUACACAAGCCAGACGAUGGCAUCUAUCGGCACCUUUUCGCGGCGUUGGUCUGGAAUGGGUUCCUAUCCCAGCCGCUGUCGUGGUUCACUCCGCAUCCGCUACUCAGCGUCUCCGCACUGCUCCUUCAAGUCCAGGCAACGCUCAUCGUACAACCAGUCAAUACCCCGCAACAGAAGCUAAAGGGUGCCCGCGUCCACUAUUCCAUACAACUACUCAGCAUCGUCCUUUUCAUAUUAGCUUUUAUCAAUAUCGAAGUUAAUAAGGGCUCCUAUCCACACUUUGUUUCCUUACACGGCAUUCUGGGCCUGACAACUUACAUUACUAUUGCGCUGCAAGCGGUAGUCGGGGUGAUUCAGUACUUUUUGCCUACUGUCUUGCUUGGCAGCGUCGACGCUGGCAAGCGGAUUUACAAGUAUCAUCGCUGGAGUGGCCAUUUUCUACUACUGCUGGAGAUGGCAACUGUCUUGGCGGCGGUGCAGUCCACGAACAAUAUGAUGGGACUACAGAUUAAUUUUUUGGGUGUGCUUGUGGCCGUUGCUUUGAUUCUUGUGGGGGUGGGUGCAGGGAUUCAGAAGCGCAAAUUGGGGCUGUGA